GUGAGUUAUUAAAGAAUUCAUUAUAUUUUCAUUGAGAAUUCAUGCGAGUGAGGCCUGUAAGACCAUUCUUGAUAAAUUGGGAGGUUAUGUUAUUCAAGAAAGAGGUGUCAUCUCUAUUAAGGGAAAGGGAGAAAUGAAGUCAUUUUGGUUAACUGGCAAACAAGAGGUCACAUCCCCGAUCUCUUUCCUCAGUGAUUCUUCGAAAAUGAGUCCGAAAUCAGAAGAAUUGUCUUUUGAAUCAAUGGAAGUGAGUCUGAAUGGAAGCAAUCGUUUCAAAAGUGUCCAAUAUAGC